AUGGACUCCAACCAUAAGUUUAUGACACUCUCGUUUCAAAUGCACAGCACACAAGAACUUGAACUUCCCCCUCCCCGACUCUUAUGGAAUUUAGGUAGACUUAAAGGCCCAGAUACCGUCGACAAGUAUGUCAAUAUCUUUAACGAAUGUACGCAAGGCUUGCAACGCCUUCAAUCGCCUUCUUUUCUGAAUAGAAACUUUGCUGUGGAGCAUAUAGAAGAGUCUCAAAGCAACAUAUGCCGAUUUAUCUACCACCCCCUGGACAUGACUUGCGGUCGUCGACCUCCACCCUCUACAACCAGAAAUUGCGACUUUUGGACUCCCGAAAUGCUCAAUACCAUUCAGUUCCGGGAAUACUACUACCGCAAUGGCGCAAGUCUCGAGGAUUUAAUUGUCCUCGAUACCGGCCACUUCACCAAGAGGCUAAAGCUACCAUACGACGGCUGA